ACACCCUAUAGCACGGGGUAGGUCAGAACCCGAGGGUUUCUAGAUUUCUUUUCAUCUCUAAGUUUAAUCCUUUUUUUAUCUUCGUCUAUAAUAGCCCGAGAAUAGAUGAUUCUAUUCGAAGUUGUGUGUGAUGAUCCGUGAUGUGCUCUUACGCAGAAUUAUAUUGUGAAAUUAAUGUCUGCUUGUGCUUACUCUUGUUUUUCUUAUAGAUUUCUUCCCAACUAUGACAAUGAAGCCAAAUCCGCAAUGUUCAAAUGCUGCCUGUGGAGCGGCAGAAAAAUAUACCUUUUUGCAAAGCCAAUCGGUGUAGCUAAAGCCAGGAUGGAAGCCGAGGCGACGGUUGCAGCAGCUGAUGCCCCGCUUCAUGCCGAUAAUGAAUGGAACAUAAGUGUCGUCGAUGAUGAUGCACUGGAGUGUACAUAUGGCGCAAGUUCAGGUUUUUUUUUUUCUAUGUUCUGCCCUUUAUUUUUAUCUUCUUGUUAAAAUUUUACUUUUGAUUUGCUUGUCAUCUUCGAGUAGUGUGCCGUUCUGACCCUAAUAAGGAUUAAAUCUCCACCAAAAACUCAUCAAGACUGCAGAGUUGCAGCCAUAUCACUCGUGUUUGAUCUCUAUUUCAUUUCCCUAAACUACUACUCUCUCUAUUCGUUCAAAUGCUCUUC